AACAUGUGAUGAGAGUCUGUCCAGGUCGGUCGCUUUUUCGAACUUCUGACGCAGUGGAUUUUCUUAAAAAUAGGAGUUACAGUUCGUCGAAACAUCUUCGCAUUCGAGGAAUUUAUGUAGGCUUUGAAGGCUGAGAGUGUUGUUCGUGAAAGAACAAUGCUUGAAGGUGUCAUCUCGGAAUUAAUUCCUCGAUAUUUUACCACGUCUCAUGGUUAAUGAAUACGAGAGUUAUGUCGAAGUCCGAUGCUCCAAAAUUCGUCACGGCGCUUUUCUCCUUCAAAGGAAAGAAUAACGAUGAAUUAUGUUUCAAGAAAGGAGAUGUAAUAACGAUAACUCAAGUGGACGAUGAAGGCUGGUGGGAGGGCACGUUGCAUGAUAAGACUGGUUGGUUCCCUUCGAAUUAUGUCAAGGAGUAUAGAGCUCCAGAUGGUAGUCAUGCGUCAAUUAAAACAUCUCCAGAAAGGAGUCCGCAAGAGUCACCUGCGCAUCAAAAACUUAAUCGUGAUAUAGUAUUAAAGGAUAUUGUCGAUUCUGAAAGAGUGAAUGUAGCUGAACUGCAAGGACUAGUAAAUAAUUUUCUACAACCUCUUGAAACAUCAACUAUACUGAAGAAAGACGAGUAUAAGCAGCUACUUGGUAACAUUCACGAGGUAUUGGAGACUCAUCAAUGUUUAUUAGCAAAUUUAGAAGGAACUGUUUUGCAAGGACUCUCUGCAAGAGUAGGAAAUCUUUUCCUAACUAUUGCGCUGAGGCUAAAGUCUAUUCAUACUACAUAUUGUAACAAUCAUCCACAAGCUGUUUGCAUAUUAGAUAGAUACAGAGAUGAAUUAAAUGAAUUUAUGGAACGCAGUGGAGCAAUAUCACCUGGUAUAUUAGUAUUAACUACUGGUCUUAGCAAACCAUUUCGAAGACUAGAUAAGUACUCUGCUAUGCUUCAAGAAUUAGAAAGAUAUACUGAAAAAAAUCAUCCUGACAGAGGAGAUACUCAACGUAGUAUAACAGUAUAUAGAGAAAUCGCGGAUCAUUGCGCUUCCAUACGUAAGCAGCGUGAAUUAGCACUCCAAAUAUUAACUAGUGGAAUCAAAGGUUGGGAAGGUGAAGAAUUAAAUUCACUAGGCGAGAUUAUUCACGUCGGAUCUGUUACUUUAGCAACUGGCGUAGAUCGUAGAGAUAGAUACUUUGUUUUAUUUCCUACCACACUGCUGGUUCUUAGCACCAGUCCUAGGAUGAGUUCCUUUAUUUACGAGGGAAAACUUCCAUUAACUGGCAUUAAUGUAACUGGAAUUGAAGAUACAGACGAUAUAAGAAAUGCUCUGGAGAUCACUGGACCAAUGAUUGAAAGCAUUGUCGUACUGUGCGCUACAAGGGAAGAGAGACAGCGUUGGAUCAAUCUCUUAAUUCAAGAACAAUGCACUAGCCUUUUGAAAUCACCAACCACGCCUCGUGUGAGUUGUCAUCAUCCUCCGUACGCUCGACUCUCGAGAUAUUUUGCGAAGCUCGUGAGGAGAAAAGUCAUAUAUCCUGAAUUGAUGAAGAAAUUAUUAUAUAUUCAAUAUAUCCUGAAGCCAGAUUUAACUAACGUGAAAAUGAGAAAAUGUAAUGUGACCUAUACUAUUUUUCCUACUCACACUAGCGAAGAAUCCGAGAUAUCAGAUACAUUCGAUGAAAAUAAUGUGAAGGAGGAGUCACGAAUAUUGCGUAAAUCUUCGUUAAUAUUGGACGUUAGAUAUGUGUUAGAUAAUACUGAUCUUAGUACUGUCGGAUUAGCGAGCACUUCUUCACUCACGAAUUUCGCACCGAGAGUUGAUUGCGACAAUCGAUGUACUUUCGAGACUAGUAAGAGUUUACCGGCUGGUGCUAUGAGUCACGUCCUGCCAAAUGUUCCGCUCGCGUCAAGCAAGUCGUAUACGUCAAAUCUUCAAACAUGUAAUAAAUUUUGUCGGGAGCAUUUGGAAAUUUCACAUGAUAGAGAUCAGACUGUAAAUUAUAAAUAUUUGAGAGCUAUCGAAGAGUUUUCAAAAAACUUAGACGUCCCAGUUCAAUAUUCUAAUCAGAAUGAUAACUGCGAUAAUAACAUCGGGAAAGAAUUUGGAGAAACUUGUGUAAAUAUUAGCUUACGAUCUUCAGAUUCGGGAAUGGCCGAGAGUUAUCACUUACGUUCAUCUGAAAUUAAUUCCUGUUACAAAUCAUAUACAUCUAGUCAUACUAAAUAUACAGAUCCUGUAAGAACAUCUCAUAGUGAAAGUGAUAAUGAUGAAAAUAAGUUUGAACAUCAAUGUAUUUGCACUUCGCCAUUUGGCUCUACGCCUCGAGAUAGUGCUCACUCGGUGGCUUCGUCUAAAAUUAUUGAUGAAUGUCCAACUCUUGUGAGACCUAAUGAUGUUGGUAAUGAUGUUAAUGAUAAUAGUGGGAAGAAAAUUCAAGAGACUGUAUUAGUUCAUCCUCUGAUAAAUUAUGGAAAUGUACAAGAAAAAAGAUAUACGCAACCGAUACCAUAUGCGCAUCAGUGCGUAAUUAAAAAAAUCGGGAGACGCAUAGUUCGUCCAAUACAGCCAAUUAUAGAGGAAUAUGACGAGCCAACAAAUCAAGUGUAUUCAUCUGGAUUAUAUGCUCAUUGGUGGCUCAAGAAAUCUAUCCCGAUAGUUGGAUGCACAGAACAAGGCAAGCUUCCAUGGCAUGGCUGUUCCUUUGAUCAUUUCAGUUUUUUUAACCAUGCUGGUGUUUUUACUAAUUAUCAUUUUCUACCAAAAGUCGUAUGCUCUUAUUUCACAGCCAUGUUGUGUGAACAGACGAACAAUCAGCUGAACGGAAAGCACCAACGAUCGGCGAUGGAACAUUGUACAUCUCCAGGGAUUAAGACACCUUGGAGUAUUGCAUCACUAAGACCUGCUCCUCCCCUAUAUUCUCUUAAGAAUUUUGGAAAAUUAGAUACUACUACAGAUACAUCACGCUCACCACGAUUAUGCAAUGAGCGACAAUUUGAAGAAGAUGCGAUUAUAUUGAAAGUAAUAGAAGGUUAUUGUCUUUCUGUCAAUGCUAGAUUUACUGUACAUUCUGGAGAGUCUAAUUCAAUGCUAGAUUAUGAAUCACAAAAAUCACGGGAUAGGAUAUCAUUAACACAUAACAGAGGCAAUUGGGAAUAUUGUAAUGACAAGACAUUAUCGGAAACAGUUAAAACCUUAAAAAAUCAAAUGACUGACUUACAAUCGCAAAUGUCGCUACUAACAAAACAAUUAGACGAGGAGAGAAGAUCGCGACUCUCAUUAGCUGCUACGGUAAAACGUAGCAUGGGAGUUAUAGAUGCAUAAGGAUAUCGAUAACAUCAAAGAAUC